AUGGAUCACAGUGCAUACGAUGUGCCCGAUUCAAGCGAUUGGCUAAACACGCCGCUCUCCGGCUUUGCCAGCCUCGAAAAUCUACUGCAUUGCCAAAUCUGCAAGGAGUUUUAUGACACACCCAUGAUCACGUCUUGCGCGCACACCUUCUGCUCAAAAUGUAUACGAACGACGCUUUCGGCAGAUGGGAAAUGCCCGCUGUGCACAUUGCCGGAUCAGGCGAGCAAGUUGCGGAACAAUUGGGCUGUUCAAGAGAUUGUGUCUAGUUUCCAGGCAGCGAGGGCAGGGGCAUUGGCAGUGGCGAGGAAAGCACGGGAUGAGGCCGAAGACGGGCAAAGAAAGCCUGCGAAACGGAAGAGAGGUGCAGGACUCGAGCCGGACGCUCAGAGAGAAGAGGAGGAUGGCGGAAGGCGAACGACUAGGAGCAAGGCGCGGAGGAUAGCGGCGUCGCAGUCUUCGCAACAGGAGAUCAUCGAGGUCGAUGAUAGCGAUGCAGACAGUACGUUCCAGCCUGAUCCUGCGCCAGUCGUAGAGGACGGUUUUGUCGAAUGUCCACUUGGCUGCGGGAAGAGAAUGAAGAUCGAAGCCGUGGAGCCUCACCUGGAUAAAUGCGAGGACGAGAAGAAGAAGAAAGAGCUGAAAGCACCACCAGCUCAAACAAGACAUACAACCCAAUCAAGUUUCCGAAGCGGGAGCAACAGCAGUCAGCCCCAACCUCGACCACAGGACCGCAUCAACGAGCUACACUACAGCAGCAUGAAAGACACCCUCUUCUCCAAAAAGCUCAAAGACCUCGGAAUCCCCGCCUGGGGCAACAAACAACUCAUGAUCAACCGCCACCGCGAAUGGGUCAAUAUCUGGAACGCGAACUGCGAUUCUGCAACACCGCGCACCCAAAGGGAAUUACUACGCGAUCUAGACGUUUGGGAGCGUACGCAGGGCGGUAGAGCGCCGAUGCCGAAUGGCCUGUCGACGAAUGUGAUGCGAAAGGAUUUCGACGGCGCGGCGUACUCGAGGACGCAUCAGGACGAAUUCAGUAAAUUGAUCGCGGACGCGAGGAGGAAGAAGCAGAGCAUUGCUGCCGCUAAGGAGGAGAAAGAAAAUAUCUCUGGGCAGACCGACGGAGGAGGCGAUGAGGAUUCUGAUGAACGGAUUGUCGGAAUGGAAGUUGACGGCGCGGACGGAGAGGCCCAAAAGUCAGCCGAAACGACCCAUUCUCCAACGGCGACACGAGCCACGACCCUACAAUAA